UUCCCACAAUGCAGUCCUCUCAGCCGUCGAAACCGCGGCGCUUUGACGUCAGCAGACGGACCAAUAACUUAGCUGCACCAAAGUCUCAUGGCCCUGGGUUUCAGAGGGAGGAUAAAAACAUGAACACAAUCACCACGCCGUCCCCACGCCGGGCCACCAAGGGCCCCACCGCUCCCUCCAGGACCAGAGUGGGCGUACAGCCUCGAGCUCCAGUAAGCCAGUCCAGGUUAAGCUCACAGAAACAGGGUUCUACUGUCUCUAAACUAGCUAAACCCAAACCCAAGAAUGCCCGUGCAUCUGCAGCAACUCAAAUUGUACCCGCAGCGGAUCCGCCUCCUCCGCUUCCCUCGGUUCUUCCUGUUGACCCGAACUGCAAUGAGCCGAGCCUCCCGUGUCUAUGCUGUGAUGGCCGAUCCCCACAGGAUAACAACAGCAUGUUCAACCACAACCACAACAACAACAACACCAUCUCCCUCAGACAUCAACUGCAGCUACCGCCUCCACCGGCCCCGAUGCCCCUGAGGCAGGAUGGGACCGGGGCCAAGGAGCAGGCACAGGCAAAGGCCCAGAUGGAAAUUUCUGCCUGCCCUGCUGCCAGUCUGGAAAAUGAAGAGAAGAUUUCAGAUGAAAACACUGAAGUAGACAAUAAGAAAAAUGCAAAGGUGGAGGAAGAUGAUGAGGAAGAGAGCAGCGGGGAUAUUGAGAUUGACGAUGAAGAGGACGAUAACGAUGACGAUGAAGAUGAUGACACCCUGGUCCCCUCGUGCUGCGACUGUCCCCCCUCCCUCCUGGAGUUCUCGCUCUCUUCUUCUACCUCCUCUUCCUCCACUUCCAUCAGCUCCUGUUCUGAUCUGGAGUCUGACUGUGCCGAUCAAUCUGCCUCCAUCUGCUCUUCCCAAGAUCAAGACAAUCUGUCCGUCUCUCUUUCCUCCAAAGACCACUCUCUCCCACAAGGCCCUGAUAGCAAGCCUCCUGCUCGCUCACCUCCAUCCCUCCCUCUGAACCGAAAUCCCUUCUGUUUAACAUCUCAUUCCCCGAGUCCACCUUGCUCCCCAGAUGAGGGUUACCCUUCUGCGCUUGACUCACCUUCCCCUGACUACUUAGGAGUCAAAGAUGAUUCUGAGGUCACCAAAUUAGGCUUGCUUGACUUUCUAGAAUCGGUCGGAGAAUUUGGGAAAAUGGAGCGGUUCAGCCAGGUGAUCCAAGUGGCUCGCUGGGAUCUGGACGGGGAACAGCACUGGGAUGUUCUGCGGGAUCGCUUAGAUCACCUGGAUCGUUUGGAAAAGGUGAACAGGGAAGUAAAACUGACCUACAUUGCCAGACUCCACGAGAAGGGACUUGAUCUUGGAGAUCUGGAUGAGCAGGACCUUUCGGAUGUCAUGGAUGAAAUGGGCAACAUUGACAUUCCCUGGAAGCUUUAUAAAACACAUGAUGGAAUGAUGGGAGAAUCUCAGGAGUUUUCCGAUGCCGGGGUCGACUUAACCGCUCCGUCAGACUGUGAAGAUCCCCUUGUUCCAGAUUCCCUCACACCUUCCCCUGUUGAACCGCCACCAAGACCCCCAAAACCUCCAGCGCGACAUGCCAGUGUGAGCUCGGACCUCCACACCUACAUAAAUAUCAGCAGAGAGACCACCUCCAUCGCUGUUUCCACCUCUCCUACAUUGUCUACCUUCUCACCUAACUCCUCAUCCCCCACAUUCACCACUUUUAGGUGUGAGAAAUCCCUACCUUCAUCUCCACCAUCCAUUCCUCCUCUCCCUGCUUCUAAGCCAGUUCCUUACCUCACGCUGUAUACCACCCCUUCUCCACCUCCCUCUAUCCCCACCCCAACACCUCCUAUCCCUCCACCUCGAAAGCGACACCUCGCACGGAAGGAAGCGCAGCGCCUCGCGGCUCUUCAAGCCGAACAGGAAAAGACCCCCAUGUCCCUCCCCCCACCUACCACCCGCCCCCCACCACUCCCUCCUCCACCUGUUAUCUCUGUCUCCUCUUCCUCUCCUCCUGCCAUACCACCUCCACCUGCGCUGCCUCCUCCACCAUCCUUCCACGCAUUGGAUGUAGAGAUUCGGAAACUGCUCAUGCUUGCUGGACUUACCCAAGCCGAGCUCCUCAAACUCAGCCCUGAGCUUGGUGUCUGUGUCGGGGGGUUAGAAGACGAGGGAGAUGGAGAUAAUUUCAUGAAACCUAAAUCUCUGGAGUCACAAGAGUUCAGUCUGCGGUACAGAGAAGAGGAAAGUGAGCCUGACACACAGCUGGUGGCCAGAGAUCAAUGGAUUGGCACUGAAAAGUUGGAGGGAGAUCAAAAAGCAGAUAUAGCUGAAGAAGGCAAAAAGAAAGAGGAGGGCAGAGACGCACAGAGAACAACGUCAUUUACUGAGAUGGCAAGGAGAAGGAAGAAAAACACUGGCUUCGCAUUCGAGCAGUACUACAGUUUAAGCAAUACACAUGAAGAUAAAGCAAAGAAUGUGAGCUUUAGAGCUUCCCGUUAUUCUGCUGAGCCACCAGAGUCACCGCCGCCUCCUCCUCCCCCUCGCCCUCUGCCACCCAUUCCUCCAUGUUUGCCAUCCCUCAAAGUCAGCACUCUGCCCGCCAACUCUGAACAACCCGAGCGUUUUGAUUGGCUGAUAGCAUUCACACCAGAGUGUGAAUCCCCACCACAGCUGCCAUCCCUAGAAAAGAGAAAGGCAUAUGUGGAAACCCAAAAGAAGCCCAAUUCGUCAGGUACCUCUCCAGGGUCAGCUCCAAAGGUCACAACCUUUAAAGAGUUGCGUUUCCGCAACAAGAGCUCCUCUCCUCCGACUAAGGUGAUCAUUGAGCCCGAUCCUGACCCCACAAUAAUCACUCCAGAUCCAGAUAUACUCUACAACUUAAAGUGGAGGAAACAUAAGGAGGGAAGUGAUGGCAGCCAGUGGGAGUAUACCUCUCAGGCUCAGGCCCUCUUCAUGCAGCCGCCGCCAGCCCUCACCUCAAUGGCUGCUCUGCAGGAAAUGCUCCAGAGAGCUGAUAAGGAGGGGGGGCAACUAGAGUUGUGCCCAUCACAGAAGAUUGGCUGCUCAGUCAGUGACAGCAGCCUGUGGACCUUGGACAGAGAGUGGGAAGAAAUUAAGAAGGACGAAAAAGAAGGGCAGGACAAACUAAAGGAGGAGGUGGAGGUGAGAGGACAAGCUGAUGGAGGACGGACUUUUGAAUCAAGAACUUCAGUUUCCUCACCCCCGCUCUCCCUCGCCCAGUCCUCCCAACCCUACUUCCUCCACACCGCUAUCCCUUCCUUUCGCCCAGGCUACUGUUACUCCCACCCCCUUGCAGAUCCCAGGCCCCGCAGUCAUGUAGGCCAAGGGCCCACAGACACACACAGAAACACACGGUGGACUCCUGCUGUCCACUCAGCUUGUAUCCACAGAAAUGAAUCGAGCUCUUUUAUAAGCUCUGGGUUUAAAGAUGAAUCCCCGGCUGCUUUUGGUGUAGAGUCUCCACGUGACUGUGGGGCUAAGUUUAAGCAAAACACACAUUCAGCUUACCAAUAUAACAGCGAUCCCAAAACCAAUGAAAGGGACUUUGCAACUGACUCAAUCUGCAAUCUUGACUCCCUUUACCAAAGUGAUUCAGAGAAGCAGAAUGAUGCCAACGCCGUGUCUGUUAGCAGCACCGCUGAAGCUCCAGAUUGCACCACACCGUAUAAGAAUAUUGAUGUUAUGAUGAUGUAUUCAAACAGCAUCGGUGCUAGGGAUUCGAUGUAUUCAGAGAAGCGCUCACUCUCACACACAGACCAGGUCAGCAUCAAGGCUAGGACAUCCAAAGAUCUCCCUCCCCUCCCCACCUAUUACCUGUACCACCCUAAGAACUGCCCUCUUCACAGGGGGGCUCCCCCCCGCCUCUCUCCUAUCGGAGCCCUCUCCCCUCCCCAUCGCUCCGGAGCACCCCCUCCCGGUGCAGCAGGCUCCUCCCUCAGCUCCCCGCUUUUUCCUCGCUCGCACACCUUGCCUGCCCUCGCUGCUCCCCUCUACUAUCCAAACCUCUACCCUCCUAUACCGCCCAGGGCGCCCCCCCUACCCCCAAAACUCUACCAGGCUCCUCUGCAGUCACGCGUGGCGACUGUUCGCAGUGUCUCAUUCGCUGGCUCUGUGCUGAAGACAGACACACCCUGGAUGGGCGAGGAUGUGAAGCAUCCAAUGAGAGGUCUUGGCCUAUCCUCUCUGUGCCUACAGGAAAAGAAAGCCCUGGUAGGCGCAGUUAGUGUGGCAGUGGAAGCCAUAUUGGCCCAGUUCAGUUCUUCAAGGACUGUGGUUCAGAAGGCCUUAUCAGGAGACAGCGCUAUAAAUCCAUCACUGGGCCGUCUGGUGCUGCAGUGCCUCUGCCCCGCCCUCCACAGCUUGCUGACUGAUGGCUUGAAACCCUACCAGAGUGACCUGAUUGCAGGCAGAAGGCCAAACUCUGCUUGGAGUCUGGUCCAGGCUUCAACCAGGGCAGGUCCUAAAACUCAUGCCUUGUUCAGUCUGCAAGUUCGAGUUGGAGAGCUACCCCAGCUCAGACAGAGCAAACACAGGUUCAACGCAUUCCUCCUCGGCCUACUGAAUACCAAGCUUCUUGACUUCUGGCUGUCUUACCUUCAGUCUUGCAGUGAUGUGCUGGAGACCUAUUACCACCCCACCUCUUUUAUGCGUCUGUCGCAGGCCGCCUGCCAGCCUCUGUUUGAGGAGCUGCUCCUUGUGUUGCAGCCUCUGAGCCUGCUCACCUUCAACCUCGACCUGCUCUUCCAGCACCACCAUUUAGAGCCAGAGAGUCACAGGCCAGAGAUCCCCAGCCCCCCCUUUCCAGAUCCUGGAUCCCAGCUUUCAACAAAUGAGACAGCAAUAAAUGGGUCUCAAUCCAAAACUCCAGACAGCAGAUACAGUGAAAGCCUCUCAGAAGUAGACUUUGGAAGCCCAGAUCAUCAGGCAGCUAAAGAUGCUAAAUCAUCACCUGUGACUAAUUCAGAUAAUGGAGGAUCGGCGGUGUCAACAGAUACCAGUUUUGGACCCAUAAAGGCUUCAAUCACUCAGGAGGAGACGAGUCCUCAACUGUUGUGGGUCCAGGAAAAAGAAAUUGAAGAUUUGCCUCCUCCUAACGUUGAGGAAGACAGCCUCGCUCAGCAGGCAGGACAGGUAAUUCAACAGGGAUGGGGUGCUGUGGUGCGCUGGGGAGGCCGACUGAGUCACAAUCUGGCUGAGUUGAGCCUCUCUGCAGUGAAGAAGGAUGAGAUGAACACAGAUCUGCCAGAUCUCCAGGCUCAGGCAGGAAGCGACUACACUCCAGUCAGCGGUAGUACUCAGGUUCCCUGGGGUCUGGGCCGGCUCUUUGGAGCCUCCAAAACUCCCACCAGCCCGACAGGUCACACACAACCAACCAGACGUCCCUCUCAGUGGUUUGCACCUGGUGUCACUGCGCUGACCCGAAUGGUGAGCAGCAGCUCCACACCAAUGCUGAGAAAGAUCCCCGAGACUCUGGGAGAGACCGGAUCAGAGUCCGAGAAAGAUGUCGACACACUGGAGAUGAAGGACAAACCCAGACCACUCAGGUCGGUGCGAACGCUGUGUGACCACGCUGGAUCCGGUUCCGAGCUCAGCUUCCGCAAAGGGGAGGAGCUCGUGGUGUUAGGAGGCGUCGAUCAAGACUGGAUUCGCUGUCGUCAGGGAGACAAAGAGGGGCUGGUACCUAUUGGCUACACCUCUCUCAUCAUGUGACCAUAACUGCUGCACUUAAUCAACACUAAAAAAAUCAAUAAAUAAUUAUAAAAUAUAUAUAUAUAUAUAUUUUAGGUGAGUAUUGAGAGGUUAUGGUAAGGCUGCACUACUCUGAAAGGGAUAUUUCACACAGGCUCGGUUACAGUUUGAGUUAAGGGUAUAACACCAUCUGUUGUGCUUUAUGUGCAUCAGAGGCAAUCUGCUGCCCCCCCCCCCCUCCCCCUCCUGUUAUGAACAUAUUGGAGCUUUUCCCAUCACAAUCAUUUCAGUUUGGUAGUGUUCAACUAAUAGAUUUUAGCAGCAGGAAUUGAGCAGAUGGUGCGAAAUAAUGACUCGACUCAAACUUGGAUCAUUUCAAACCAGAAGACCUUUGAUCCUCGAGUGAAUUAUCCCUUCAAAUGCCUUUUUUCUCCAUUUCCGCCUUGCUUGCCGGCCGCUGAUCUGAAAGCGAUCGCCAAAAUUCUUUGCAGUCUGUCACACUCGAGUGCGUUCAAAUCAGCGGCUGUCUGUCGCAAGGAGGCGGCGGUCGACAGCCUGGCUGCAGGUCGUCGAGUGAGGAAAGCAUGUUGGAGUAGUGGGCCGUAGCUCCUGUUGCAUACUGCGUAGUAAUGUAGUGAACUGUAGCUGUGUAGACCCGUUCUAUUGACCUUUUACCCUUAUUGACCUCUCAUCUUUCUCACCUAGUUUAUGUGUGUUUGACAUGUUUCUGCUACUGUAUUUGACUGUAUAAAUAUACAUAUAAAAUAUAUAUAUAUAUAAAUAUAUAGCUAUAUAAAACGAGAUUGAUAUUACCAAGAUAGAUAGAAAGGUAGAUAAAUAUGAGAAAGUAGCAGCUUAAGGCUGCAGCCGUAUUGAUGGAGUGAUUAUUCAUCUUUACAUUUGCAACAACACGAAGCGGAUGUCAUACAUGCAAAUACAAAUGAAUAUGUGUUUAUUUUAAGUAUGCAAUCCAGUAUCUUCCCUAUUGUGCGCUUUAUGUAUUGCCAUUGUCAUCAUAUUCAUAACAUGAUUAAAUUUAGCUCAUACCUUUUAAACUCUGUAUGCACUGUAAUGUACCACGAAUGCUCUGAAUGAAAACAUCUUAGAUAUCCCACAAAGUUAUAGACGACAGCGACCUGUAGCCAGAAUCUCACAGAGCCUCCGUGGGUUUUAGCAAAAACCCUCACAAAAGUCUGCCCCGCUUUCUCGGCACUGUCUGAAUUUCAAAUGAACGCAGUGAGAAAAACCCCAGAUGUGAUGUCGAUUCAUAAAUGCUACAAGUCUGUGGGUUUGGUGGCUGGUCUUCACCUCGUACCUCAGCUUUUGUAUUUAUCUUAACCCCAUGUUUGCCGAUCAUAAUCAUUGAUAUUAAUGGUAGUGGUAGCAGUGGAAGUGAUUUGUUUGUUUUGUUGUUGCUUAAAUGAAAAGAAAAAAAAACCUGUUGUUUUGUGUCACAUAAUUAUUAGUUAUCUGUAUCUAUGACUAUGCAUAUAUUUAAAUGCGCAACUAAAAGUGUGUUUAGUUUGUUAUAAAGUCGAUUUUAAUUUGAUGUUAUCAUGUAAGUGGAAAUCGGAAGCAUAAAACGAUAAGUGCUUAAAUUAAAAAAAGAAGGAGCGCGAUUUUUAAGCGGCCAGGAAAGGCUAACGCUAAAGGACCUCUAUUCAAUCAGCAGGAAAGUUCCAUUGCUAUUGAUCGAUCAGGGAAAAGAUCAGUUCUCCAGAGUUUCAGUGUAGCAUGCGAUUGCUGGCAACAGUCCAGUAGCAUUAACUUAAACCAGUGUCAUAACUCAUUAUCAGGAAAAAAAAAAUGCCAACACAAGUGAUUAAAAGAAAUAAAAGAAACAAAGUCUAGAUACAGAUAAAAUAUCAGUAGACACGUUUAGUUUGUUUCUUUCCGAUGUGAGAUUACAAAUGCAUUUGUUUAAAAGCUAUUUAUUUAUGGGAUGUGUUAUUUAUUGAUCUUGAGGUUUCUGAAAGGAAUAGCUCGCUAAUUAUCCGGGUUUUUCGUGUGCGAAAAUGCACGCAUGGCCGUGUGUAUGUGCGUGUAUAUGAAGUGAAAGCAGAGAUGAGUUCGAGCACUUCUCUGUCAGCGCAUCCUGCACUUUCACUUGUGUGUGUGAGUGACAGUUAGUUCUGUUCCUCCCUCUCCUCCUCUCUGGUGUCAUGUAGCCCGUAGACAUCCCGUUGUCCUACUGUUGCGUAUAGAGUGCCCCUCUAGUGUCAGUCACUGUUCAGCUCCUGCAUGUGCUUGUUUGUAAAUACACCAAAUAAAAUAUGUAUAAACCAAA